GACACAGUUCUCCAGGACAUUUUCAUAACACUGACUAGCCUGCUGACUGAUCCACAAUGUCUAGCCCACGACGCUGCUGCGCAGGAGGCUGCGAGUAAAUUAGCAAAGCUACAAUCCAACGUUCUGAAGCUUACAACGGCGGACAUUAUUAACUACGAAAACAUUUGUAAAGGGCACGGUGCCGAAGUUGAAUGGUUCAACUUUGAUGGAGAGUUGAUAUUUAACAAAAUUACACAAGAUCAAAGGCUAUGCGAUGCAGAAGAAGAGGAGUUAGUGCUUAACAUGAGCACUGUUACCGUGGUGACGAGAACUCAGUGGUAUGCAAAAUCCUCCAAAGAAGAUGCAAAAUAUAUGACGAUGCCAGUGAGCCACGUGUUCAUACACCAUACGGACAUGAAUGAGUGCGUCUCGCAAACAGAAUGUGCCAUAGAAAUGCGCAAAAUACAACAUCUUCAUCAGGAUAUAAAUGGAUGGGCCGAUAUCGCUUACAACUUUGUGAUCGGACAGGACGGUGGGGUAUAUAUUGGCCGAGGGUGGGAUCGGGUCGGGGCCCACACAUUGGGCUGGAAUAAUGUAUCCAUUUCAUUUGCAUUCAUGGGAAACUUUACGGAUAAACUGCCCACUGACGACGCCUUGAAAGCUCUUGAGGAAGCGCUUGUUCUUGGUGUGAAACUCGGUAAACUCACGCCCGACUUUAAGCUGCACGGUCACAGGGACGCAAGGCCGUCUAUGGAUAGCCCAGGGCAGAAGCUGUACGAUCGGAUUCGUAAACAUAAACACUAUGAGCCCAUCGGACCGAACAUUGUUACUGUCUCGCCGAAAUCUCCUGUAUGACAUUUUAAUAUAUGUCAACUUUUUGUAUCGUUGUCUUGCUUUUUUUUUGUUUAUUGACAUUAUUUCUUUUUUAUUAUUACUAUUAUUUUUGUUUGCCUGAUAUAUAAACACAUGUAAAGACUGUAUUGUAGAUGUAUCGUUAUCCCUCUCUUCCACAAUAUCUAUAUUUUAGUGAAUGUAAAUUUUAUUAAAUGAUAUAAGCUUUAUGUGUUCGUUAAUUUUUACCAUAGACAUGUGAAAAAUGCAUCUUAAAUUAGUUUGUUGUUAAGAGUGCAAGUGGCUUUUGCUAGUAAUCAAGUAUGCAUCGAUAAUAGUAGAGCAAUAUUCUCGUUAUCUUUGUUAACUAUAGCAUGUGUAUGUAAUUGAUUUUGACAAUAAUAAUUAUUUUGAAGAUAGCAUACAGUUUGGAUCGAAUAAAAUAAUUUGUAUCGGAUUUAUUUGCUUAUGUGGUGAAACUGUUCUGUUAAAAUUAUAAAAUAUGCAAUUAAUUUGAAUAUCAUAUGAACAUGUCUAUCUGUUAUUGUUUUGUACAACUAUAGAACAAGUAAAUUUCAAAAAUUA